UUUGCACUUUCUUUUGUUUCUUCUUUCUAUUGGCUUUUGCUUAGCUUUUAUUCACCAAACAUAAUUCUUCUUCUUUUCUUUUUCCCUCUCUUUCUCAUACCAAAUUUCUCUCUUUCUCUCUCCCCAUUUUCCAUUAUUAAUGCAAUCAAUCUGAACUCACCCUUUCAUCCGUUUUCUACCCAACCAUCAUCUUACCUUUCUCUGUUUUUCAAACACUUCUUCAAUUCUUUCUUCUUUCUCUCCUCUCAUUUUACUUUUUGUUUCUUCAUUUCAAAUAUACCACGCAUUACAACACUUUGCUAAAUCUUGGACUGGGUUCGUCUCCUUUUAUUGAAUACAUAGCCGAAGAAGGAAAAAAAUUUGUAACAAAUUGAUCAUCAUGGAGAGCGCAGAGUUCUUUUUGAAUACAGGAAUUCCUCCUCCACAACUGCCGCUACAUUUUGAGCAAAAUUCAACUUGGCAGCAGCAGCAGCAAUCAUUCUCUUCAGCUAUGGCAACGCAGGCUAAUGAAUUUAAACAUAACAAUAGCUCGUCUAAUCACUUAUCUGAUUGCUUCUACGAUCCCAACUGGGAAAAGUCAACGGAUCAAUCUCUCCAGUUUGACUCCGCUCUGAGCUCAAUGGUAUCAUCACCCGCGGCAUCAAAUUCCAAUAUUUCAACUGAAAGUUUUAUCAUCAGAGAACUUAUUGGUAAAUUAGGAAACGUUGGCAGCACCGGUGAGAUCUCUCCGCAUUCUCAGCCUAUGUUGGCAGCUUCAUAUAAUAAUAAAAAUAGUAUUACCGGCACUGGCAAUAACAGUACCAACACUUCUUGUUAUACUACCCCUUUGAGUUCACCCCCGAAGCUUAAUAUGUCUCCAACAGAUCAAUUAUCCACACCAUUGGCUUUGAAUUCUAGCGUCGCAGAAUUCACUGCUGAUCCUGGAUUUGCGGAAAGAGCUGCGAGGUUUUCUUGUUUUGGUAGCAGGAGCUUUAAUGGCAGGACUAGUCAGUUUGGUCUAAACAAACUUGAAAUGCAAUUGAUGGGAAAUGCUAAUAAGUUGCCUAGAGUUUCAAGUACUCCUUCUCUUAAAGCAGUCGGAUCUCAUCAUCAGAAGGGAAACAAGAAUUCUUCUCCAUUAUUACAAGAUCGAUCUGAAUUGGCUAAUUCCACUUCUCAAGAAGAGUCCUCUGUUUCUGAGCAAAACCCCCCAAAUGCAGAAUUGAAUUCCAAGAAAAGAAAAACAGCUCCCAAGGCGAAAUCAAAAGAAGCCCCACAACCCAAUUCCGCUAAGGAUGCUGAAGUUGAUGAUAAUUCGAACGCGAAACGAAGCAAGGGAAAUGAGAAAAAUGAUGUUAAAGCAGAGGAAGAGCACAAAGGAAAUGGAGAUGACAAACAAAACAAGGCUAGCACAAAACCUCCUGAACCACCUAAGGACUACAUUCACGUUAGAGCAAGAAGAGGUCAAGCUACUGAUAGUCACAGUCUAGCUGAAAGAGUUCGACGAGAGAAAAUCAGUGAAAGAAUGAAGCUUCUUCAAGAUCUUGUGCCUGGUUGCAAUAAGGUCACUGGCAAGGCACUUAUGCUUGAUGAAAUUAUAAACUAUGUUCAGUCUUUGCAGCGCCAAGUGGAGUUUCUCUCUAUGAAGUUGGCUUCUGUUAAUACUAGGCUGGAUAUCAACUUGGAUACCCUUAUGUCAAAAGAUAUAUUUCAAACAACCAACCAAUUGCCACAUCCAAUAUUCCCAAUAGAUUCCUCGGCAUCAGCCAUUUUUGGCCACCAACCCCAGCAAAAUCCAGCACUACAUAGCAAUAUUUCUAAUGGGGCACUGACCCAUUGCUCUGUGGACCCAUUAGAUACUGGACUAUCGCAUAAUCUCAAUAUGCACUUGCCCCCACUUGAAGGAUUUAACCAUACUCCUCCUCAGUUUCCAACAUUCUGUGAGGAGGACCUUCAAUCCAUUGUUCAGAUGGGUUUCACCCAGAUUCCAGUUCCGGAAGCAUUAUUGCCGGGCCAAAACAUCCACAGUUCAAAUCAAGUCUCCUACAUGAAAACUGAGAUCUAAUCACUAUUCUUUAGUCCCAAAUCGGAGGUCCAGAUGAAGAGAAAGGCUGUUGUAUAUACAAGAAAUUUGACUUGGACCCGCAAAUUAAAGAAUUAUUACUGAGCCAUAAGCCAAUUCAUUUUCUUUUCCUUGAUCCUACCUUUUUUUUUUCUCAAGGAAUUUUUUUUCACUUUCUUCUUUUUCUUUUCUUUUUCUGCUUGUGGAGUUUUCUGGCAAGUAUCCACUGUAAAAUCCUACAGUACCCGAUUAAGUACCUUGGUGCAAUGUAUUGUAGCACCGCAUGUAAUAUAUAAUGCUAAUUAAAUGAACAAUUUCACCAUAUUAUUACUAUUUUUUUUAUAUGUAUGAUUC